AUGCGUCCAUCCGCCGAUUGGGAAAAGAUGGUCACAGCCAUUCCCUGUACUAAACAAAAUACAGAUCAAUGGGUCCUCGAUUUCUUGGUCACCCAGGGCCACGAACAGGCAGUGAUACGCUUCUGUGAAGAAACAGGAUUGUCUGUGCCUGAAGCCAUUCAAACAUUGCCUCUUCGUAAUGCUGUUCGGCAGCAUAUCCUGAAAGGAAAUGUAAGCCAAGCUCUCGAUUUCCUAAGUGAGCAAAAGCCAGAGCUUGAAAUGAUUGAGCUGUUGCGGACAGGUGAUGUGGAAAAGGCGCUGGCCUUUGCAACAGAGGUCCUGGCGCCUUUGGGAGAAGAAAAUCCGGAUCUCCUCUCGGAGCUGGAACAGACUAUGUCGCUUUUUAUUGUGUUGGACCUGAGCACAUCAGAUAUGUCGGCCUUGCCAGCCUAUGCGAAGACAUUGUGGGAUCUCCAGUAUCGUGAUGUUGUUGCCUCACAGGUCAAUGCAUCAUGGCUAGAGAUGGAGCGCCAGCCUAGUCAACCCACUUUGCCGCUUUUGGUGGACAUGAUGACUUAUGGCGAACAAUUGCUCGGUCCAGACGGGCCAGGUCAGCAAUAUGUACCGACUUUAUCCCUUGAUGGCUCUAUUCCGGCGAUUCCGGAUCGCCAUCAUGAUCUGUAA